AUGGAAGUUCAUCAUCCUAUCCUCUCUCAAUCUUCUCAACAAUUUUCUAGAAUGGAAGUUAAUCAUGAAUAUACUUCGGAAGUCGUAGAGCUAGCAAGAAUAACGGUAGACAUCUUAAGAAAGUUAACCAAUUGGGGCGAAUACUCCAAGUACCAUGACUUGGAUUCCAAGGAAGGGGACGAACUCAUGAACACCCUAGCCAAGACCAAAGGCCGUCUUGCCGAGGUGGCUAGGAGAAGGGCGGAAGCUAGUGGCCGGGAUUUCACCACGGUGUUUGAUGAGACAUACUUCGAGUUUAUGCACAUCGAGGCCAAGAUAAUGGUGAAAGAGAUGCUGGUUGAUCCACGUGAAAUGGCGAUGAAAGACACGGUUGUUUUGGAAGAAGAUAGAGGAGAAGUCUGUGGUGUUUGUCAAGAAGAAUUUGAAGUUGGAGAAACGGUUUCGGGAACUACGUGCAUGCAUAAGUUUCAUGGGAGUUGCUUGUGGAAGUGGUUGUAUGAUCGUCAGACUUGUCCCUUGUGUAGGUUUAUUAUUUUGCCAUAG